AUGGAAGAGUCCUCGAAAGGAGGUAUGGAGAAUUUGGAAGCACAAUGGAAGAAGUUUAGGCUCUCGGAGGAGGAGAGGCUUGUUGUUGAUGUUGGAGAAGAAAUAGAGGGGGAUGUACGGGAGUGUGGGGAACGAAGUAUUAUAGGAAAGAUAUGUAUGGAACGAACAAUCGGAAGGGAGAUUUUAGCUGUCACGAUGGGGAAGAUUUGGAGGAUUAGCAAGCCUGCCGAAUUUCGUGAGGUAGGCGAUAAUAAAUUUGUGAUUACCUUCCAAUCUCUGAAUGAUAAACGGCGAGUGCUAGAUGGUAGACCGUGGUUGUUUGACAACCAUCUGUUUGCACUUAAGGCAUUUGAGGUUUAUUCCCAGCCAAAUGAGUGGAAGUUUGAUAGUGAGUGGUUUUGGAUUCAGAUCCAUAAUCUGCCAAUGUUCUGCAUGACGAAAGAGAAGGGAAGAGUGAUUGGUGAAUCACUUGGAAAUUUGAUAGAUGUGGAUGUGCCAAGUGAUGGAAUAGGUUGGGGGGAAUUCCUUCGGGUAAGGGUGGAGAUACCUCUGAAAAGGGCUGUGGUUAGAGGAAGGUGGAUUAAAGUAAAUGGGGCAAAUGUAUGA